AUGUCUACUUCCAUUGAAAACCGUGCCCUUGAAUACGGGGUCGUUGAGCCCUUUAAGCAAAUAACCCCAUUCGUCUCGAACAAAGAGGAAGAUGAUAAGUAUUUAAACAUGGUCAAAAACAUGAUUAUAAAAGGAAGAUCCGAAAUAGAACCCUCAAUGUUAGACCCUCGUGAUGAAGGAACUUCAGAUCACUGGAUUCAAAGAAACACUUCCUUGAUCCGUCUCACUGGCAAACACCCUUUCAACUCAGAGCCACCACUCCAAACCCUCAUGCACCACGGUUUCAUAACACCCGUUCCGCUCCACUACGUCCGCAACCACGGGCCCGUUCCCAAAGCCCGCUGGGCUGAUUGGACCAUCGAAGUAACCGGCCUAGUAAAAAACCCAACCAACUUCACAAUGGACCAGCUCGUCAACGACUUCCCAAGCCGAGAAUUUCCCGUGACACUCGUUUGCUCCGCGAACCGCCGCAAGGAACAAAACAUGGUGAAACAAACUAUUGGCUUUAACUGGGGCCCUUCUGCUACCUCCACUUCGGUGUGGCGCGGUGUACCGCUUAGAACCAUCCUCAAGCGUUGUGGAAUCUAUAACCGUAACAGUGGGGAGCUCUAUGUUUGCUUUGAAGGCGCUGAGGAACUUCCAGGUGGCGGUGGGUGUAAAUAUGGAACUAGUAUCUUGUGCGAGGUUGCACUGGAUCGUACCCGCGAUAUCAUUCUCGCAUAUAUGCAAAACGGUGACGUUUUACUUCCUGAUCAUGGGUUUCCUGUACGUGUUAUCGUGCCUGGUUUCACUGCAGGGAGAAUGGUGAAAUGGUUGAAGCGUAUCGUUGUAACAACCACAGAAUCUGAUAGCUAUUAUCAUUUCCAUGAUAACAGAUUACUUCCCUCUCACGUUGAUGCUGAGCUUGCCAAUACAGAAGCUUGGUUCUACAAGCCGGAGUAUAUUAUCAACGAGUUGAAUAUAAACUCCGUGAUAACAACGCCGUGUCACGGUGAGAUAUUGGCGGUUAACUCAGACGCUACUCAGAUGCCUUAUUUACUUAGAGGUUACGCAUAUUCCGGGGGUGGGAGAAAGGUGACACGAGUUGAGGUGACGAUGGACGGUGGUGAAACGUGGAAAGUAUGCAGAUUGGAGCAUCCGGAGAAACCAAGCAAAUAUGGUAAGUAUUGGUGUUGGUGUUUUUGGUCGUUGGAGGUUGAAGUAUUGGAGUUGCUUGGAGGCAAAGAGAUUUCUGUGCGUGCAUGGGAUCUGGCUAACAACACCCAGCCUGAGAAUCUCAAUUGGAAUCUUAUGGGCAUGAUGAACAACUGCUGGUUUAGAGUCAAAACAAACAUGUACAAGCCUCAUAAUAAGGGAGAAAUAUUUGGGAUAAUGUUUGAGCACCCAACCCAACCAGGAAACCAAUCUGGUGGAUGGAUGGUCAAAGAAAAAGAGCAAGCAUAUCACAAAUCAUCAAACUCUCACCCAACCAAAAAGAUCAAUGUUUCCUCGUCACUGCGCACAAACAAUACUAGUCCUACUACUACCUCAAAAAUAUUCACUAUCUCUGAGGUGAAAAAACAUAAUAACUCUGAUUCUGCUUGGAUCAUCAUAGAUGGUCACGUUUAUGAUUGCACUCACUACCUCAAAGACCACCCCGGUGGUGCCGAUAGCAUCCUCAUCAACGCCGGCACUGAUUGUACAGAAGAGUUUCAAGCCAUCCAUUCUGAUAAAGCAAAGAAAAUGCUUGAUGAUUACUUAAUCGGCGUGAUUGUAGCCACGGACGGCGAUGACACCGGCAAAGUUCUUGUUACACAAAUGCAUAACAAUGUGGCUUUAACAAACCCACGAGAGAAAAUCCCAUGUAAGCUUGUGUCAAAAACAUCAAUCUCCCACAAUGUUAGGAUCUUCCGGUUUGCUUUACCUUAUGAGGACCAACCAUUGGGUUUACCAGUUGGGAAGCACUUAUUUUUAUGUGACACUAUUGAAGAUAAGUUAUGCAUGCGAGCUUUCACUCCUACAAGCAAAGUAGAUGAAAAGGGAUAUUUUGAUCUAUUGGUUAAAAUUUAUUUCAAAGGAGUGCAUCCAAAGUUUCCAAAUGGUGGCAUUAUGUCUCAACAUUUGGAUUCAUUGCCUAUUGGAUCAGUUUUUGAUAUAAAGGGUCCAUUGGGACAUAUUGAGUAUACUGGUAAAGGAAAUUUUCUUGUUCGUGGAAAAUAUAAGUUUGCAAAGAAGUUAGCAAUGUUGGCUGGUGGAACUGGGAUAACACCGAUUUACCAAGUGAUUCAAGCGAUAGUAGAAGAUCCAGAAGAUCUCACUGAAAUGCAUGUUGUGUAUGGUAAUCAAAGUGAGGAUGAUAUAUUGCUAAGAGAAGAGUUGGAUGCUUGGGCUGAGAAAUAUGAACGGUUCAAAGUGUGGUACGUGGUACAAGAAAGUAAAAGAGAAUAUUGGGAGUAUAGUGUAGGGUUCAUGACGGAAAGUAUAUUGAAGAAGCAUGUUCCAGGAGCAUCAGAGGAUACAGUGGCAUUGGCAUGUGGAACACCACCCAUGAUUCAUGGGGUGCAAUCACAUUUGGAGAAAUUGGGAUAUGAUAUCAACAACAACUUGCUUGUGUUUUAG